GCAUUUGCAGACUGUUUAUACAUGUUGUUUUGAAGCGUAACACUAACAUUAGGUUUGGAAACUGACAAUGUAGGACAUUCAUUUGUAUAGGCUAGGUAUUAUUAAUGUAUUUUAGCACAGCGAGACUUUAACCUGCAGUGCAGAGACUGAUAGCGACACCGACUGAAAUGAGAGGACUUUUUUACCCCGGCGGGAAAAACGACAUCGUAUCAAUUGCACCUUCUGUCAGCUUAUUAAAGUUUGUUAACACUUUCGAAAUAUGAUGCUACGACUUAGCUACAGCUCUGUCAAAGCAUACGUUAUCGACUUGAGACAACACUAGGCAGGGCCUGCAUCCCUAUCUCUUUAAACAACAGCCUGCAGAGGGAAUACAAUGGCUUGAAGGCGAUAGUAGGUAACGCGCCGACGAGCUCGUGUCAGUGUGGCUUCAAUUUCAGCAGUGAACAACACAACAAGGAUGACAGCGUCCUCUUGGAGCUAGGAAAUUCCCAGAUGGCUCUCACACAAGUACAGGACCAGGCUGCUAAAGGGGAAAGGAUCAAUAAGGAAACCGGAGAGCUGAGUGCUUCAGGGGAGUUAUCGGUCUCUGUGGAGGUGAAGGUGGAGAAAGUGGAGGGCUCUUGUAAGAAUCCCCAACUCGCACAAGUGCUCAGAGAACAACUGCAAGAGCUGGGAAUUCACACGAGCCCUGACCAGAGAACUGACCAUGUUCCUUUAGAGCAGAGAGAGGAACAUUUAGUCAAUGUCCUGCCUCUCUACAUACAGGUCUGUGAGGAUGGAGGCAGACUUGAAGGUUUGAACUUAAAGGGGCUUGCAGCUCUUACUGCUGAUACCGUCAUCUAUAACAUCCACACCCGACUGGCAGAAAGACAUGCAGAGGGGGCUCGCUGCGAGGUGGUGCGGUUCUUCCAGAGGUAUGAUACUAAGGAGACAAACUGUGAGAAGCGAGACAAUCAAGGAUGGCUGCUGUUGAAGUCUCUGCUGCUGCUGACAGCUGACAGCUCAGAUAUAUUGUCCUGUAUAAACUCAGGGCUUCCUGCUGCUCUGGUGAAAUGCUUGUACCUGCUAGUGUGCCUACCUGCUCAAAAGGAGAACUCUGCCUCAGAAGAAACCUUUCAGGAGCUGCUCACAAAGGUUCUCAUUCAGCUGUGUAGGCAGCCAGUCAAUGUGGAGAGUCUGGUGGAAACUCAGGAACUUCAGUGUCUUAUCAUCGGCCUCACUUCACUAUGGGACCAGACGAGCGUCGCCUGGAGACAUCAGGCCUCCCGCGUCCUCAAAGCAGUGUCUGCUGUAGCAACAAGCAACACUGUCCCGAACUUGCAAGAAAAGAACUGUGUGCGUAUCUGCAUCCAGAACCUGCUGCUCAUCAGUGCCGACGUCUCGGGGCCGCUGCUAGCCGAGGUGGCCGUGGCUGUGUUCAGCUUUAUAAGAGACACGUACCCUCUCAAUCCAGCCCUCUUUGUGGAGUUUGACACCAUGAACGGCUACAAGGCCCUCGAAAACAUCCUACAACGCUGUGAGGAAGGAGUGUCUGUGGAUCAGUUCCAGCCUGUGGAGGAGUUGCUGGCUCUCAUUGCCUCUCUCACCCUGCUUGGUAAAACUGAGCUGAAAGUGGCUCUUUGUGUCACCAACCCACAACCUCCCGCCUUCAAGUUUGACCCGCCACUUACCAAAGGUUCAUCAGUAAAAAACCUGCCCGCCUUCAACCUGCUGCAGGCCUCGUUGCUGCGAUCCCAGGACUCGCUGCUGUGCUGCAAGCUCCUUCGUACCCUGCAGACGAUAUGGGAGAGGGACCCAGCUAAUUUCUUCCUCUUAGAGUGGACUGUCCAGUCGAUGGCCCAGCUGGCUGCCUGUGUGUGGUGUAAACCUGUAGCAGUCCAGAAAAUGUUCUUCUCAAUGCUAGAGAUGGUGAUAUUUAAGUUGAACUACAUCCCCCACGAGGCCUUGCGUGCACUGCUGGGUGUGCUGAAGAAGAGCUGGACUGGGACGCUGGCAGGAGGAGUUACAGGGAUUGAUUUUGGAGUGGUGGCUCUCAAGUGUUUCCACAGGAUGACAGUGCACAGCGGUAUGCUAGCUGAGGUUCUGAGUGACUGGGGCCUGCUGGAGCUGCUGCUCAGCGAAAUUCGUAGGAGAGCGAAAAUCCUCAGGAAGGCUGGAGUUGUCUCUUCUCCUCAAAUAAAUCCCCAGCAGCUGCCAAGUGUGGAGGACAGCGAGAGACUGCUCACUACCUGUAUGCUUCAACUUGUGUCAACCCUUACGUUACGCUCCAUCAAAAACACAGUUUCAGUGCGAGACCUUGGUAUGGUUCCCUACAUAAAGAUCUUCUUGGAUGAGGAUCAGUAUCGAGGUCCCACUCUGAACAUUUUGGAGCAGCUAGCUGAAAUAAACCCUGAGGAGUUUAUGAGUACAGCCAUAGGAGCCCUCUGCUCCUCGACGCAGCAGGAACUUGGUUUGAAGCGGGACCUAUUGAAGUCGGUGCUGAAGGUGUUGGAGAGCCCUAACAGCUGGGACGCCUUCAGGAGAGCAGGAGGCUUCACUGGACUGCUGUCUCUGGUGAUUGACAUGGAAGGAGCUCUGUCCGAUCCUCCCCAGGGAGCAGUGUGGAAAUCCCUGGGACACAAACCGCUGCUGGACCUCCUUCUCCUCACUCUCCACAUUCUGGCCCUGACAGUGCAUCUGCACACAGUAAACGCACACCAUUUUGAGACUGGUGGCUUUUAUGAAAGGCUGUCAGAGGCUCUACUCCAGCUAGGCUGUUUCCACACAGAAGGCCCUGAGAAAGAGAAGUUUGAUGGCUCCUUCCUCAAGACGGCAGAGGACGAACAGUCCUCUGGAAAGAGCUUUCACCAGUUUGUUGGGUUAGCAAAGGCCCCUCUGGCUCCCUCAUCUGCCUCCACAACACAGCAGCCUAAUCUUCCUGUCACUCUGCGGACAUGUUUGAGGCUGCUGUCCUAUCUUGACCAGUUUGCAACAGGGACUUACUCUCCUCUGGAGUUACACUUGGGACUAGAGCCAGAUGAAGGGUGUGAAGGAGAUAAAGAAAAACUCAAUGGACAAGCAGGGCAUGAAGGAGUGUAUUCAGGGUCCCCUCCUGUCCACUUGGGAUCAGGCCUGCAGUCUGUGGAGGACACACAGGGAAUAUCCAGGAACACAGCACCAAGUAUUUCCACAGUCAGCACAGAGUCGCGGUACAGUAGGUUCACCUGUGAUCAGAUUAUUCUUCAUCCAGGAGCAAUCCGAGUUAUUAUGACUCUCCUUCCAUCAGUGUUUGCACUGGAGGACCCCCAGCUCUCAAUGGAGGUACAGUUCUCACUGGCAAACCACAUCCAGGCCAUGGUUAAAUCUGAGCCGAACCGUCAGAUAGUGUGCGAGGGGGGGCUGGUCUCCACACUCCUGGCUCACUGUCGGAACAUGUUGAUGGCUCCCAACCACCCGUUGCAUCUACCCAUUACUCGCAUCUUGGAGAAGCUCUCUUCCCAGGCCAUCACUCAUGUAGACUUCAGAAAGUUCCUGUGUUUAGGGAACCCACUCAUGUGUUUGGCAGACAAAACGGCCAUGCAACUGCCACUUGCAAAAGCUCCCGUUUCAAAUGGUCACACCACAGAGGGAGAUGCCUCAUCGGGAUCUCCAGUAAAGACACUAAAGCGGACCUUUAGCUUGUUACAGUCUUCAGCUAUUAGAUCUCCAAUCCCCGUCCACCAGAUCAUCAGUCUGGUGUCCAUGACGUCACCGCGCACCUUCAGGCCCCACCGGGUCUCCACCUCACCCGCCUUUGUUGAGUUUGACAUGAGUGAGAGUGGAUAUGGCUGCCUUUUCCUGCCCUCUCUGUCCACAGUGAAAGGAGUGACUUCUGAUUCAAUCCCAACAGGAGGAAUUGGAAAAGACUGCCGGGGUUUUCCCCCUACAGCCGGUCUCUCAUUUUCCUGCUGGUUCCAGAUCAACCGCUUUAGUUCAGCCUGCGAUUCCCACCCGAUCCGUCUACUGACGGUGGUCCGCCACAUGUCCCGGACUGAACAACAGUACAUCUGUCUGUCCAUCUCCUUCUCAGCCUUUGACGGCUGUCUGGUCAUCUCUACUGAGGAGGAAGCAUUUACAUACCUGGAUAUGAUGGAGCCAGAAGUUUGCACUCCCACUUCUCUGCCUACAUCACUGAGGUUCCGCUGCUCCAGCCUGCUUGUCCCGGGUCAGUGGCACCACCUGACUGUUGUCAUGGCCAAAGACGUGAAGAAGAGCUGUGUGGCUACAGCAUACUUCAACGGCAAGGCAGUAGAGACAGGAAAGAUGAGGUAUAUUCAGCCGUUCCCUGGUCAGUACGUCUCCAUGGACCCCGCAGCUGUGAUUGAUGUGUUCGGACUGAUAGGGACGCCGGCGCUCUGGAAGGAGCACGCUGCCCUGGUGUGGCGAGUGGGUCCCUGCUACCUGUUUGAAGAAGCUCUGAGCCCUGAGGCUGUGGGUGCCAUGUACACUCAAGGCACCGCCUACCAGGGGAACUUCCUGGCUCUGCGCAGCACAGGCUCUGAUCCAGAUGCCGAGUCUCUCCGGCUGGUUCCUGAGGAGAGGAUCUCAUUUGGCAUCAACCCAGCAAUUUCUAAGCUGACAACUGUGGUGCAGAUCAGAGAGGAUUACAACGAGGUGGACUGCAGACUGAUUGCUAAAGAGAUGGGCAUAACUUCUCGGGAUCAGUGCACCCCGGUGUUCCUAUCUCAAAAUAUCAGCCAGCAUCUGAGUGGUACGGCUCGCACCAUAGGAGCAGCCCUGGUUGGACAUUUUGGUGUCCGUACGUUCACCCCCGGCAGUGCAUCCAAUGGUUUGCUGUACGUCGGCGGGCCUGCAGUUGUUCUCAGUCUGGUUGCAAUGGCGCCAGAUGAUAGCUCUCUGUAUGCAGCUGUCAAAGUUCUUCUGUCUGUGCUGGAGACCAACUCUGCAAUGCAGCAGGAAAUGAACCGCAUCAAUGGAUACGAGCUGCUAGCUUUCCUGCUGAAGAUGAAGCGCAGUCUGGUCAGCCACAGAACCUUUCAGUUGGUUCUGUAUCUCUCCAGGUCGGUGGAGCUGAUCUCUGGUUCGGUUUGCCUAGAAAACACACCUGCUUUCCAGGCUCUGCUGUGUGACCUGGAAGUGUGGCAGAACACUUCAGAUAAUCUGGACCUUUCAGUUCUCAACCACUAUGCUGAAAUCCUGAAAUCGUCGAGCAGCAACAGCAAUAAUGCAGAGGCCAUGCACAGUAUGGGUCUAAUGCCAAAGCUGCUGUUGGAACUUUCCAAUCCCGCUGUGACCGUUCAGAAGGUUAAGAUCAUUUUGUGUGUCGUCACAACCCUCCUCAAAGCUCACUUCACUCCUCUUGACAUAAGAAGACUUGGGCUCUUCCUGGUCUACACACUCCCUCCUCCUCUAAGUAACAUGGAUGAAGGAAGCAAUGAGCUAUCUGACCGUGAUCUACCACAGGAUAUGCCAGCCAGCCUCAUCUGGAUCCGCAACCAGCUCUUACUCUCACUUUGUGAAAUCCUCAACUCAGACAGCCUUCUAAUCGAAGAUCAGCAGAAGGCCUUAUUCGAUACCCUGGGCAGUGAUUGGUUCCUGCUCUUCCUUCAGCCCCACCUUCACCAUACCACCUUAAAAAUAAGUCUCAUCCUGCUCACACACUUUCUGUCAAGUCCCAGCCAGCAGAGCAGCUUCAGAGAGGGGGUGCUCCCAGCAACACUCAUAGAGGGCAUGGAGGAACCCUUUGCUGUCUUAGACAACCUUCAAGCCCAUUCUUUGUCCUAUGAGUGCCUCAGCACCACGUGUCCAGGCUUUGAUGUUCUUCAGGGGCUGCUCAGCAGACUCUCCCACCUGCCUCAGGUGUUUGAAGCCCUGGCUGCUCUGAUGCUGGAGAGGAAGGCCAUUCACACUGCUGAUGGAAAAGUGCCUUUGGAUGAUACGCUACAGUCAUUGAUUGACAGCCAAGCAGACAGUCCUGCUCAGCAGCUCUGUGUUGAAGCUGCUACAAUAUUGCUGGAAUUAGUCAAAAUCAUCAUCACUAAGCCUGUUACUACAACAAAGCACAUGUCAGACACUGAUGCAUCAUGGGAGAUGCAGCUCCCAGCCAGUGUGAUGCAGUUCCUUUGUCUUCUCCAUAACAUCCGGCCCAGAGACCCACUGUGGGCUUCACCUGAGUUUCUCCAUACCCUCGCUGGAGUUGUGUACCCUGUGGACGUUCCAGAGUGCGAGGUAGAACCCUGCGUUGCAAGUGAAUGUGAGGACACAUUCAGGAGUCAUCCAAACAGGAAGCCGGUGUGCGACUUCAUCCGUAUUCUGCUAAUGGACAGUCUUCUUAAUGUGUGUGCCAACAACACAGCACAUCCUCUCUUUCUGCUGCUGGAGUUCUCCCCUGAUGAUGCAUCGCUGGAGCAGAGGCAGAGUUUCCAGACUGAGCUGCUGGAGUUGAUCAUGGACAUUAUUCACAUGAUCGGCCAUGAGGAGGAAAACAACACUCAUCUGAACUCACACGACUGCAAGAGUGAGACGCCUGAUGGUCAGAUGGGCUUGUUGAUGGAGAAUGUGGUGCUCUUCAGUCAGACUCUGCAGCAGAAACUUUACAGCGGAGCAUUUUUGGUAGACUCGCAGAGUUUGAUCAACUUCUUCGCUGAUCAGAUUGUGGGGGCUCUGGAGAAAGGCUCCACUCAGAAAGAGAAGGCCGUGUCAGCCCUCUACUCGUGCACCAAUAAAGUGCUGCUUUAUCUCUUGUCUCAACCGCGACAUUCCCAAGACGAAAAGGAAGGGGUCACCAUGGCCUUAAAGACAGUCAUGGAACGCUGGGAUGUUGUCAUGGCAACUUACAAUGCCAAUGUGAACUUCAUCACAUGCCUUCUUCAUUGUUUGUUACUGAUACGAUCGGGCAGCUACCCUGAAGGUUUUGGAUGUGUGGCACAAAAAGCAGCUGGCAAAAAGGGAUUGUUCUGUGCUCGUAGAACCGGACAUCCUGCAUGCCUCGGCAACGGAGCAGACAUUACCACAGAUGACGCAGAGCUAGUCUCCCUAGCAGAGGCCUGCUGGUCAAAGGUGAUGGUGGAGAGGCAGCACACGCUUGAAGAAACCUCAAAGAUAGAGAUCUCUGCGAGCCGGGCUGCAGGGACAGGGCCCGUCCGCAUGACGGACAUCAGCCCUCUGUGGGAGGAGAUGGCACAAAAAGAUUGGCUGCGAUACACAGAGUCUCAGAAAAUGAAGGUGGCCAGCAGCUCUCAGAAGAGGUUUGAUGAGAUCAGCAGCGCUGUUCGCUCAGCUUUGGGCAGACUUGACAAAGAGUCAGCAACAGUUGAGGAGUUUCUGUCCUACAUGGAGUCUCAUCGACAGAGAGGCCACAGCAUGUUUGAGAAUAUGAGGACAAACCACUUACAGUUAAGAGCCAGUGAGUAUGAGCGAGUGAGCUCCAAGUGGCUGCUUGUGGAGGCCGAGCUGAUGAGGGAGAGGGCUGUGUUCGGCCCCGGCCCAGGGGUGCUGCUGAGCCAGGACUGGGUGCAGGAUGCUGCUGAAGGACCCAACAGGACCAGAUCACGCAUCCGCAGAAAGGCUCGGAGACAAUCCAAACGGGUGCUAGGAACGCUGUGUAUGGGUUUAAGGACCAGCAUGUCUGAGGAGGACCAUAAGAGAUCAGAAGGUGACACAGAGCCCAAGAUCCUGUGUGAAGUUGGAGCCGAGGUUAAAGAGGAUGAAGAGGAGGGUGGACAGGAUUGUGAUCAUCUGACCUUCUUCCCCGCUCUCAAUGAGACCACUGCUGUUGCUGAAAGUACCGCCGACCCCCUCACCCCUGAGUCCUGCUCCCACAUGCAAGACUGCCAUGACAUACGCAUCAUCCUGCAGAAGCUGCAGCCCGGAGAGGAGGUAAAGGCUAAGAUGUGUGUAGUGACGGUGAGCGGCCUCAGAGUGACGGAAGGGGUGCUGCUGUUCGGGAAUGAGAGCCUGCUCUUGUGUGAGGGAUUCACGCUCAGUCCUGCUGGAGAUGUCUGCUGCAGGAAACACCACCCCAGCAGUGUGAGGGAUUCCUAUAUUUCCACCAUGCUGAGUAAAGAGCUGCCUCCAGCCCGCUGCAGAUGCUGGCUCUAUGAGGACAUCAAGGAUGCUCGCUUCAUGCGUUUCCUUUUAGAGGACAAUGCUAUCGAGGUCUUCAUGAAAAAUGGACUGUCUGCCUUUUUGGUGUUCCUGAAUAAAGACCAUGUCUCUGCAUAUAAAAGGUUGUGCACAGUAGUGUCAGCAUUAAAAGGCAGAGGGGUUGCUGAGGUCAUUGCUAAUGCCAAGAAAAGUCCUGUGGUGGAAAAGGCUGCCCUUGUAAAUUGGCAGAAAGGGGAAAUAAGUAACUUUGAGUACUUGAUGCAUCUGAACACCAUUGCUGGGAGGACAUACAAUGACCUGAUGCAGUACCCAGUCUUCCCCUGGGUCCUGGCUGACUACCAGUCAGAGACAAUCGAUCUGUCAAAUCCUGCAACUUUCCGUGACCUGUCUAAGCCAAUGGGAGCGCAGACGGAGAAAAGGAAACAGAUGUUCAUCCAACGAUAUGAAGAAGUUGAGACCACUGAGGGGGAAGGAAAUCUGUCUGCACGAUGCCACUACUGCACCCACUACUCCUCAGCCAUCAUCGUAGCCUCCUUUCUUGUCAGGAUGGAGCCAUUUUCACACACCUUCUUGACACUGCAGGGAGGGUUUGAUAUCCCCGAGCGGAUGUUUUACAGCAUAAAGAAGGAGUGGGAGUCGGCCUCCAGAGACAACACGGGGGACGUCAGAGAGCUGAUCCCAGAGUUCUUCUACCUGUCUGACUUCCUGCUCAACUCCAACCACAUCCAGCUGGGCUGCAUGGAGGAUGGAACCGCUCUGGGAGAUGUGGAGCUGCCUCUAUGGGCGAAAGGUGACCCCCAGGAGUUCAUUAGGAUCCACCGAGAGGCCUUGGAAAGUGAAUAUGUGAGUGCGCACCUCCACCUGUGGAUCGACCUGAUCUUCGGGUACCGGCAGGAAGGCCCUGCUGCUAUAGAGAGUGUGAACACCUUCCACCCUUACUUCUAUGCUAAGAGGGGCAGGAAGGAUGCAAAGGACCCUCUUAUCAAGAGCACAAUCUUAGGAUACGUCAGCAACUUUGGCCAGGUUCCCAAACAGCUAUUCACAAAGCCACAUCCACCUCGCAUUGGCACUAAGAAAGAAGGAUCAUCGCCACCACAUCCAACUCCAUUUUUCUUCAAACUGGAUCAACUGAAGACCACCAAGCAGCCAUAUAGAGAGCUGCCGAGGGGCCCAGUAGGUCAGAUACUGUGUCUGGAAAAAGAGGUGGUGGUCCUGGAGAGAAACCGUCUCCUCCUGUCGCCUCUGUCGGGCUGCUUCUUCAGCUGGGGCUUUCCAGACAACACCUGCGCCUUUGGAAACCAUGCCACAGAGAAGACCUUUGCUGUGUGUGAGAGUCUGUGUGACUGGGGGGAGACGCUGUGCGCCGCCUGUCCCAACCCGACAACCAUCAUCACGGCAGGAUCCAGCACUGUGGUGUGUGUGUGGGAUGUGUCCGUCAGCAAGGACAAACUCACGCACAUGCAACUCAGACAGCCGUUAUACGGUCACACAGAUUCAGUGACGUGCCUGGCUGUGUCUGAGGUCCACAGCAUGAUAGUAAGUGGCUCUCGGGACCUCACCUGUAUCCUGUGGGAUAUGGAGGAGCUGAGCUACGUCACACAGUUACCAGGGCACUCAAGCAGCAUCUCCGCACUGGCUAUUAAUGAACUCACCGGUGAGAUUGCGUCAUGUGCGGGACCUCAGCUCUACCUGUGGACGAUGAAGGGUCAGCUGUUGACCUACACGGACACUUCCUGCGGGCCUCAGCCAGACGUCCUGUGUGUCCGCUUCACACAGCGACAAGAGUGGGAUGCCAAAAACGUCAUCGUCACUGGCUGUGCAGACGGCAAUAUACGGAUAUGGAAGACAGAGUACACCAGAACACAAUUACCUGGCCCUCCAGAAGAGCCUGUGUCCCCAGGGCAAGACGGAGCAGAGAGCGACGUGAGCGGCUCCUGUCAGGUUAAAGGCUGGGAGAGACAUCUGGUUUUAUGUCAAGAGCUGAACAGAAGUCAGGCCGUGUCGCAGCGCCGCAGCAAGAACAGUCCGGCCAUCACAGCGCUGGCCAUCUCCAGGAGCCAUGCGACUCUGCUGGCGGGCGAUGCCUGGGGCAGAGUCUUCACCUGGACCUGGGACAGUGUUUGAACACAUCACGCCUCCAGCCUCCAUUACUACACAGCCUGUGUCCUCUCAGACAGACUGACCCAGAGUCAGUGUCUCAGGUCGGACCAGCUGAGCAUUGAGACCUGUAUUUAAGUUUGGUUCCCCUAGAAACCCGUUACAAUAUAUGUUACACUUAAGUCUCAGGCAAUAUUUAAUAUUUGUAUCUCUUGCAUGGAUGUAACUCUGUAUUUUUCUUUGUAAAUACUAAAUCCUGGAAAUUUGAAUAAAAGUAUUGACAGCUAUUUGCAUAAAUA